AUGACUCCUUCCCAUUGGUCCAACUUUAAACAGCUCGCUCAGUUGAAGAAUCCCCCGUGUCCUAUUGGAGAUCUGAGUCCGACGGAUCAGUUUGUGUACGAACUUAACGUUAAUAUCCAACGCUUUCCACAACGGCUAGAGACGAUUCUGUUUAUCAUGGACUUCAAGGAGAAGAUGGAAUACAGCAAGAAGGAGAUCGAUGCGGUUCGAUUGGCUGCUGUGGAGUUGAAGACGAGCAAGCACUUUAAGAAUCUGUUGGAGAUGAUCCUGUUUGUCGGUAACUACAUGAACGCUAGUGUGCCCAGGGGCCAGGCCGUGGGAGGGUUUCAGAUCGAGUUCAUCAACAAGCUGAGCAACACCAAAACGGGCGAUAACAGGUCCACUCUCCUGCACCACAUCGUGCGCAUAGUCAAUGACAAAACGCCCGAGACAAUCCAGUUCUUAGACCAACUGAGCAGUGUGUCGGAUGCUCGUAGAGUGCAACUGCAGAGUUUGACUGCCGAUAUGGCGGAGAUUCGGGUGGGGCUGGCCAAAGUCAAGACGGAACUGGACUACAAACGAGAGGUGGUGGAAGACGAUCGGUUUGUGGAGGUGGCGUCGACCUUUUUCGAGACAUCGAGUAUUCAGUUCGACACACUGACGCAGAACUUUGAGCGCAUGCAGAAGUCGUUCACAGACGCGGUCGGAUAUUUCGGUAUGGAUGUGAAGAAGGCGAGCCCGGACGAGUUCUUUGAGAUCUUCGAUACAUUUGUGGAUGCGUAUAAGGGUGUGGAGGCAGAGAUCAAAGCCGCAGAUGAGAAGAAGGCCAGAGAGCUUAAGAAGCAAAAGGACAAAGAGGACCGGCUCAAAGCCGAAGAGGACAAAAAACGCAAAGCAGUGACCGCCCUAAAGCAGAAGAACAGGACUUCAGUGGUUGGAGAACCAGCGGUGAAUGUGACACUGGACGAUGAUGAAUCCGAGAAAGUGGGAAUCAAAUCACUCCUCACAACACUCACCGACCAGAACCAACGAUCGCCAAGACAAACACGCGGAAACAGGAACAGGACAUUCCAGUCGAGCGACGGCAACUCCACCACCGCUCAAAAUGCGCUUGAAAUGGGCCAUCAAUUGGGCCAAAAGUCCAAAGGAAAAGUCCGGGGUGCCGGUAGGAACAACCCCCGCACAGGCACAGGUGGUGCGCCACCAAGCCAUCCGAUUGGUCCAGACGGACUGCGGAGUACUGUAUCCACGGCCCGGGUGGUCAAGUCGAGAGGCGUUAGAAUGACAGGUGAGGAAAUAGACCGAGACGCGCUGACGCAGGUGAUUGAGAUGCUCAAGGGGGGCCGCACGCUUGACAGAACUCUCCUGGGAGAGGUUGAGACUAAACCCGAGGACCGGUCCAGGACAACGAUCAGCAGGACAGGCAGUGAGAAAAAAGGUGCACCAAACCCAACCGCACCAGUUGUGAAAGAGGACAGUGCGGUACCAGCGCCCACUGGCAGGAGGGCGGGCAGGAGGAAUCGGGAGAAAAAAGAAGUUUCAAGACUACGGGAUGUCAAGCUCGAGAGAGUUUCAAGAGAGUUUGGCUUUCCCCCAGUAUAGACCACCACCUAAUGUAUUGAUCACUUGUCUAUAGGCGCC